GCUCUACACUUGUUCAAAAUAAAAUCUCUAUUUCGAUAAACCAUUGGUAACUUUUAUGCUUUCCUGUCAAAUCCUUGUGUAUAUGUGUACUGCGUGCUACGUUCAUAUAUAUCACUCGAGUACUGGAUAAGCUCUUUUGUUUACCAAUUACUCGGGCAACCAAGAAAAUUAUAAUGAGUGACGAUGAUCGAGACAUCGACAUUGAGAGUGAUGAAGGCGAUGACUCUGACUCCAGGCAAAGGCAUUCAAACAAUACACAAUAUUAUUCUCAGGCAGAAAAACGUGCACAUCACAAUGCUUUGGAACGCAAACGCAGAGAUCAUAUUAAAGAUAGUUUCUCAAGUCUCAGAGAUUCCGUUCCUGCAUUGCAAGGAGAAAAAGUUGCAAGCAGAGCACAGAUACUCAAAAAAGCUGCUGAGUAUAUACAAUUCAUGCGACGCAAAAAUUCUUCACACCAGCAGGAUAUUGAUGACUUGAAACGGCAAAAUAAUCUUUUAGAGUCUCAAAUUCGAGCACUUGAGAAAGCAAAGAUGACAGGUAACUUUGCAGCUGAGACUUGUGAAGUCACAAAGUCAGAAGGUGUACCAAUGUCAGGAUACAAUGAUACAGAAUCUGAAUCUUCAGACAGUGAAGCAAGCAGGACUGUACGUCAAACAAAAAAACUAAAAGUUGGAGGACUUCAUCAUUGACCAAUACUUUGAUUCAGUUUUUGUUUUCAUGAAAACUAUUCUUUUUUCGUGAUCCAACUCUAUACAAAUAUUUAUUUAAAACAAAAAAAAAAGGGAGGGGUGACUAUUGCUCACUGAAAUCUACAAAGCAAUUUUUCAGUGAAGUCUUGAAUGUCUUAGAGCCAGUGUACAAAAAUAUACAAAAUAUAGGUAAUAUUAUUGCUUAAUUCAAAGAUCUAUGGUAUAGUACAUUGUGAAUACUUUGGAAUAAUCUUGUGAAAUGUUCUAUUUAUAAAUUUAUAGAAAAUUUGGGACUAUUUUGUUGAUUGAAUAAUGAUUCGACGCGAGUUUAUAUCAUAUAAUAAUAUUGUCAAAUACUUUUACUUAUUUUUGGAAUGAAUUGUACUGGUAGAAUAAUCGCUUGAUUGAGUUAAAGCGGUAAGAAAUAUUGAGCUAUUUUACUAAUACAGUUUUAAGUAAUGCAAUGUAAUUUUCUAUCAGUUUCAAUUUCUGAUUUGAUUCCAUUUUCAUAUAAGUAUUUGUUUUUUUUUUUAAUUAUUUAUAGAAAUCAUUAUUUAGUCAUUCCAUCGACUAAAUAUGUGCUCAAUUGUAAUAUUUACAAUACAUUUAAAAUUAUGUUGUCGUUUAAAUAAGAGUUUAAUUAUAUUAAUACAAAUUUUAUUAU